ACGCCGGUGCUGCUCGGAUUUCCGAGACGAGACGAGACGAGACGAGCCGAGCGCUGUUCGAGAGCAGAGCGAAGCCACGUACCCCAGCGCUCUCUCACGCCCACGCUAAAGCUAUAGCGAGCGAGCGAGCGAGCGAGCACAGUCGGUGCGGCUGCAGCGUUCAAUCCGAUCAGAUGCGAGCACACAGACGACACUGAGAAGGAGUGAGCUCGAGAGACGAGACAGAGAGCAGGCGAUCGAGUCUCGGCCGGAGAGACGGAGAGUGGCAGCCAAGACUCUCUGAGCGAGUGAGUGAGAGAGAGAGGCGAACUAGACUUCGCUGGUGCUGUCUGUGCUGCGGAGGUAGGGAGCGAGGGAGUGUGAUCGAUUCGUGACGUGCGGGGCGAGAGGCGAGCAAAUCGCGAGAGAUUUGCAGCUUGCGGUGCGAGCAGCAGCGGCGGCACCGGCAGCAGUUGCAGCAGCAGCAGCAGCAGCAGCAGCAGCAGGAGCAGCCGGGUAGGUUACGAGUGUGCGUCUCGAUCGAACGAACCAACGGGGAGGAGACCCGGAGAUCGAACGAAGCCGGACGUACGGGAAGUACAUUCGCCCCGCGAGUCGAGCGAGCGGAGGGCGGGACGCAAGUACGAGCGAGCGAGUGGCGUCAAGGCGAUGGAGGGAGCGUAAAUGAGUUGGAUGCUGCUGUACAGGAGGGUGCGCCAGAGCGAGCAGGCCAGGAAUUACAAGCGGCAACCACAAUGGUAAGCGAUCAAUAGCAGCAGCUCCCCUCCCCCUCUCGGGACGAGCUCGUCGACCCCACCCACCUCUCAGCGCACAAGCGGCCGAGGGCGUCGAGCGAGCCAUUAAAAGAGGCUAGUGCUGUAGUCAGUCAGGCAAGCAAGCAGGCAGGCAGACCCCGAGGCAGACCCAGAGGUCGCAGGGCGCAAGGCGAGGAGGAUUGAUGGAUAUACCAGGCCUUCACGACAUGGAUAGGUACGAGCUCGUACGCGAUAUCGGGUCGGGCAAUUUUGGCGUAGCUCGACUCAUGCGCGAUAAGAAGACCAGGGAGUUGGUCGCUGUAAAGUACAUCGAGCGCGGCGAAAAGAUCGACGAGAACGUGCAGAGGGAGAUUAUUAAUCAUCGCUCUCUCCGACAUCCGAACAUCGUCCGCUUCAAGGAGGUCAUGGUCACCCCGACGCAUUUAGCUAUCGUCAUGGAGUACGCCGCAGGUGGCGAGCUCUUUGAGCGCAUCUGCAAUGCUGGUCGCUUUAGUGAGGAUGAGGCAAGAUUCUUCUUUCAGCAGCUUAUAUCUGGAGUCAGCUACUGUCACUCAAUGCAAAUUUGUCAUCGAGAUCUGAAGCUGGAGAACACUCUUUUAGAUGGCAGUCCUGCACCACGUUUGAAGAUUUGCGACUUCGGGUAUUCAAAGUCAUCUAUUCUCCAUUCUCAACCGAAGUCCACCGUCGGUACACCUGCGUACAUAGCUCCGGAGGUGCUGUCGAAAAAGGAGUACGAUGGGAAGAUUGCAGAUGUUUGGUCGUGUGGUGUGACUCUUUACGUGAUGUUGGUGGGAGCCUACCCCUUCGAAGAUCCUGAAGAUCCUAGGAAUUUCAGGAAGACGAUUGGGCGGAUCUUGAGUGUACAAUACACAAUCCCUGAUUACGUGCACAUAUCGAACGAAUGCCGGCAACUACUGAAACAAAUCUUCGUGGCAAAUCCAGCCAAGAGAAUCAGCAUAUCCGAGAUCAAAAAUCACGAAUGGUUUUUGAAAAACCUGCCAGCAGACUUGAUAGACGGGUCCAAUCUGAGCUACGUGUUCGAAGAUCCGAACCACCCGCCGCAAAGCAUAGAAGAGAUCCACAGGAUCAUCAACGAAGCGAGAACAUGCGGAGCAGGGUCGGGAAUGGGAUCAUUUCUCGGCGACUCGGGGUUGGAUGGCGACGAUAUGGAUCUGGAGAACGACGCGGAUCCCGAUGUAGACAGCAGUGGAGAAUUUGUUUGUACCAUGUAGAUCAUCUUGCAAUUUGGCGUUCUGUUUGCGGUGAUGCAUGGGUUCUACUCAAACCGAGCAGGUGUUGUGCCGCUGUGAGGCUUUAUCUAGACACUAGUCUAAUGUCAUCUGCUAACGAGUGAUAUAAUGCAGCCAUAAUCACCUUGUGCGCUGAUUAAGUGCAGGACGAGUGACAGACCCAGUGGCUUGUAUCCUUAUGAACCUCCUGAUCUCCACUGCCGUGCUGAUGGGGUGGGCUUUACAGACAUCUUCCUGUGUCAGCGCCGCCAGCUGUUCUCCGUCAUGGGCAGAUCACUGCGUGCGUGCACGGUUUCCCAGCAGGAAGUUUGUGGGGUCAUCAUGGUCGCUGCAGUUCUGUGCGCACCCAAGUUAUUAUAUCCCAGCUGCCGAUGCUGCUAUACAUAGGAAGGGCUUUCUCGCAGCCCUGCCAUCGGCCACCGGCCUGUCUGGGCUCUUGAACUCUGCCUUGAUGCAGUAGUCAGGGCAUUCAGUGUUUUCCCGACCUUAAUGGAUUGAGUCUAGCAACUCCAAUGAUAGGCCCCUGUAAUGUGCGGAGGUUGUUGCAAGCAUCUCGUGUACACAAUAUUUUAACCAAAGUUUUCUUGCGGUUCGAGCUUCUCUAGGUGCGCGAGCCUUUAAUUUGCCUUUCGUUGUACAGACGGUGCCCCGGACAGAUCGGAACAACGACGGAUUUUUAUCUUGUGUGACCACUUUACUAUUGUAUUGCAGUAUUUUGUUUUCUCACCGAUGCCAGCCAGGGCAGCACGAUGGGUCUGAUUGCUUGGAAUCCAUUACUCCUCGAUUAUAAUUCUUCGGUCUCUCUAUCUAUCUCUCUCGAGCCAGGACGGCGUUGCUGUGGUCGACACUGACGACAAUCUCGUAUCGAAUACGAAGCCAUCUCGACAUGAAUGUGUCGACGAAGUUGUGCUCUUUCUGCUCUUCGAUGGACGUAUGCUAUGAGCUGAUAUGUCGCAACAGAGCGAGUGAUGAUGUGUUAAAUAUUAUGGUGAUUGAAUUCUCACUGAAUUCGCUGGUGACAGUCCACCCUUCAGUGCAAUCCGAAAUGCUAUGUAUGCAGAAGACACGGUGAAUGAAGUGAGGUGAGAUUUGAGGCGCAAUGGUCAACCAUCUGCUGAAGUCUUACGACGAGUGACCUUUUACAUAUUAUCAUAUCAUCAUAUUUGAGGAAAUCAUUAUGUUUGGAAGCAACAUCUAGGCUCUCAGUGGUGAUGUUGCCCUUCUCUCCUGUAUUGUAUGCUAUUAGGCAAGGUUGAAAACAUUCACAACGUGAUGUGAGCAUAUCAGUCGCUGCUAUUGUGGUGAAUGACGCCCAAGCUGUGUCUAAUGCUUAUUUAACACUUUUUCUGUAUGUUUGCAAGUU